GCCAAAGCCAAAUAACCAUCUAAUUGACAGCCGGAUGUGCAGGGCAGACAAACCCUUCACCACAGAUCCAGUCUGUGCUUCUAUUGACCACGCAACGAUGCGUGUAUUCAAAACGUAGUCAUCGUGUCCGAGUGUCUGUGAAGAGCAACGACUCGGUCAUAUACACAACGGGCUACAUAUCGCGCAUAAGUCACCGGCAUGACAGUUAGGAAUAACCUUCCACCCCCCAAGCUGAAGACGCACGGCCCACCAAUGCCCAACGAUCGACUCAUCAUCAACAUACAUCCACCACCCACAGGAAAAGCCCUGCGUCAUAAAGCCGCGGCCCAACUAGCUUGGGUUCCACUCGGCAAAAUCUGAGCGCAUCGGGCCAGAAGUAGCUCAACGAAGAUCGCCGCCGGUACCCCAGCCAGCAAGGUGCAUCGAGGUCAGGAUCGGGCGGGAGUGGCCUCGAGGCAGGAUGGAAUUCGAUUUUGCCAAGAUAUAAUUAUUGAAAUUUGUUCGGAUGCGUACUAUUAUGUAUC